AUGAACGGCCUAGAAAUAACCCCCUUCAUAACCACCCUUCCCAAAGUCGAACUCCACGUCCACAUCGAAGGCACCCUAACACCAGCCCUCCGAUGGAAACUCGCUCACAGAAACAACAUCCCUCUCCGCUACCCCACCUACGAAGCGCUCCUUAACUCGUACAAGAUAACAUAUAAUCACCGUCGCGAACUCAACGGCGACAAUGGUGCGCCUACCUUCCUAGAAACCUAUUACGAAGGCUGCCAAGUCCUCUGCACAGAUGAUGAUUUCUACGAACUAGCCAUAGCAUAUUUCCAAAAGGCAAAGGACGUGAACGUGCGCUAUGUCGAGCCGUUCUUCGAUACUCAGGCUCAUACUAAACGAGGCAUUCCCGUUGAAGCUGUCUUGAACGGGUUUCUCCGCGCGCAGCAUGAUGGAGCGAAGCAACUCGGAGUGAAAAGUAACUGGAUCUUCUGUUUUCUGCGUGAUCAUCCAGUCAAGGAAGGAUUGGAGGCGUUGCGCUCUGCGUUGCCUUGGGCUCGAACAAAAGAUGGAAAGGGGAAGGGGUUAUUUCAUGCGGUCGGACUAGCGAGUAAUGAGUAUGAUCGUCCUCCGGGACUCUUUGAAGAGGGGUUUCUGUUGGCCAAGGAGGUUGGUUUACAUGUAACCAUGCACUGUGAUGUUGAUCAGAAGGAUGUGGUGGAGCAUAUGCAUGAGGGUAUUUUUGAUGUUUGUGCGGGAGCUGGAGCGGAUCGGAUUGAUCAUGGUCUCAAUGCUACCGAUGCUCCGGAGUUGAUGGCUGCGUUGAAAGAGAAAAACAUCGGGCUCACGCUUUGUCCGCAUGCGUAUCAUCGCAGACAGGCUACGGAGGUGCUUUUCCCUAAAAUUAGGAAGUUGUGGGAUGAGGGUGUUCGGUUCUGUAUCAACAGCGAUGAUCCGACUUAUAUGCAUGAUGUUUGGAUUGAUGGGAAUAUGAUGAAGGUGUAUGAGUAUUGCGGUUUUACGAAGUCAGAGAUGGGCAAGCUCGUUCGGAAUGCGGUUGAGAUGAGCUGGGCAGAUGAGGUUACGAAGACGGAGAUCUUGGAUGAGUUGGAAAGAGUACUGGGUGUUGAGGAGAAAUUGAUUAGUUAG